GAAAAUCAAGAAAGUCAUAUGUUGGAGGCUGUCUGUCGACAUUAUUGAGUCGUAUAUAAUUUAUCUACACAGUUAUAAAAAGACAAAUAAAUGCAGAGUUUUUUCUGCUAUUUUAAAUUACAAGUAACCAAACACCAACCGUUGACUUAUGCUAUUAAGGAUCCACUGCUCCCCUUCUCACCGUUCCAUGUACUUUCUCUAUGAACAAGAAAAUCUUUACUAGUCUUUGGCUCUUUGCUGGCGAUACACAUCUCUGCCCAGUAGAAUCGACACUGUUAUGAACCGCAGAGAAUUCAAACCUCGCACGAAGCCUUAUAUCCUCCUCUCUUCACUGCCGAGGUCUCCAAUGGCUCCUUUUGAACUCUGCAUCUUCUUUUUGUUCCUCCUCUCAUUUAUUCAGAUUUCAAUAGGCGUCGAAGACUGCCAGAGCGUAUGCGACGGCAACAUAUUCGGCGGCAAUCCUGUCGUUCGCUUCCCUUUUCAGUUCAAAACCGGCUCUAAAACCUCUCGAUGUGGGUUCCCGGGAUUCGAUCUCGCCUGCGACAAAAACGGGUUUUCGAUCCUCACUCUACCUCACGCUGGUCAAUUCGUGGUCGAAUAUAUCGAUUACAGGUCCCAAUCUAUUUGGUUCAACGACCCUGGUUUCUGCCUCCCCAAACGACUUCUUGAUUCCUCAUUCAAUCUCUCUGACACUCCCUUCAUCGAAGAGUACAAUCGCUACUUCACUUUCCUUAAUUGCUCUGAUUCAAGUGAUGGGUCGAAUUCGCAGAUGAUUUUGCCUCAGUCACGGUAUUUGUCUUGCUUAAGUCAAGAAAACUACACCGCUUGGGCACUCCCGACGGAUGUGUACGAGUCACAGGGGGCGAUAUACCCGUCGUGUACGGUGAUAUCUAAGACGGUUUAUGUUCCGGUUCCGUGGCUGCGGUGGACCGAUCUUAGUGCCGGUUCGAGGUUGUUGUGGGUUGAACCGGACUGUAAAGAGUGCGAAGAGGCCGGUGGAACUUGCGGGUUCGCGGGUGAUUCGGGUCUGGAUAUCGGUUGCUUCAAUCUUCCCAAAGAUGGUGGUAUCCCAAGGAGUGCUAAAUAUGGCAUUGCAAUAGGCAUAGGCAUACCCGGACUCUUGUGUCUUAUAGGCCUUGUAGGGUACCUCUACGGCAGAGUCAAGUCCUAUAGCCAACGCCACCGGGCCGUCAGUACAGAAUUUUCAUCCUCAAUUGCUCCACAGCCGGUGAUCAUUGUGUCCGGACUCGACGGCCAGACAAUCGAGAAGUUCCCGAAGACAUUGUUAGGCGAAAGCCGAAGGCUGCCGAGGCCCGGUGACAACACUUGCCCUAUAUGUCUAGCUGAGUACCAGCCCAAGGAAACAAUAAGGACUAUACCAGAAUGUAACCAUUACUUUCAUGCUGUUUGCAUUGAUGAAUGGCUAAGGAUGAACCCAACAUGUCCCUUGUGCCGGAAAUCUCCGGACAGUUCCUCUCGAAUCACGCCUUCUUGUUCCGCAUCUUCAUCUUCAACAUCGUUGCCGUCCUCACCCUAAGAUUUUUGUGAUUUUUGUUGGUGCAUAUGUAUACUGUAUGUUUCGAUGAUAUUUGUAUAUGGUAUGUUUUAAUUAAUGAAUGAUAGAUGUAUAAAUUGAAUUCAGUUCUGGAAAGUGGAAACAGCCAUGGGUGCGGGUGGAAGGUCUA